CCUAGCGACGACGCACCGAACGCAGCACCGUCCGACGCACCUGCAGCGCGCCCGGCGCUUUUGCCGACGCCCCCACGCUCGGGGCUCAGGCCGCAGGGUGCCGCAGCUGCGGCACGGUGCGCACACGCGAGCCACGUCUGCUGCCUUUGCCGUCGACGCAGGCCGCGCGAAAGCGUCGAGUGAUGGCGGCGAGACGAGGCACGUCCGAACCGGAGCUUGCUCUCCCGAGCUGCGCGCCGGAGCCCGGAACAGGCCGGGAGUGGCUCAGCCAGGCACGACAGGCAGCGGCUGCGCCCCUGGGGCUGGCCUGGGAGCUUCUGGCCGCUGACGGCGGGUGCCAGAGAAGGAGGCGAGCGACGGUGAGCUCACAGCAGCGGCUCACCGCAGCAGUCUUAGUGAGCGAAGAUCAGGCCAUCCGCUCGCUGCCGCACACGGCAUGCGAUCUCUGACCCUUCGCUGGGCCUCGCUCGAAGCAACGUCUGCUGAGGCCGGAUCUGGCGUGGACGCGGAGGCCGCCGCGUCCGGUGUCGCGCGUGCCGCCGCGCGCUGCUGCGUGCGGUCCGCGCCGCUGUCAGGGACCCCCUCCGUCGCGGGACAAGCAGGCGAGUGCGUGGGAGAGACGCUAGGGCAGCGGCCGCAGCAGCAAGGGCUGCGCAAGUCGAGCGAGCCUCAGCAAUCGACGAAUGCGAAGGCUCAAGGGCAGCGACGGUCGCACGUCUGGACGAUCCUGGGCCCUGAGCGCCGCUCGGCGUUCCGACCGUUGUGCCUGCAGUCGUCUGGGCACCUGCUCCUGAUGACGCGCCGCCGAUGCUUCUCUCGGUCGUACGAUGGAGAGCGGCGGAUCACGCAGGGGCAGGGUCAACGUGACCGCUGCUGCUGAGAUCGCUCGACGACGCCGUCUUUCCUCAUUGAUUCUCGUGGCUCCGACUGGCAUGUCGUCGACCUCCAGGCAUGCUCGAACAAUAAGAAUCGACCGCCCGUCCGUGAUCGCCGGCUCGAACGGCAGGCCCAUCGGCCGACGAGCGAGCCAGACAGCGUCCUGUCCUCCUCCAACAGCCUCGGAUGCAUUCCAGUCGGCGCUUGUCGCCCUGCUGUCCCACCUUGCAGACGUCCAUCGCCGGUCGGCGUCAAAAUCUGACCUGUCCGCUGUGCGGCCGCAAUUCCCAG